GAGGGCUGGUCCUCAUUGCAUACCAUGCAUAGGUGGAGGGCUUGUUAUUCAAUUCCUGGCCUAUGAGAGGAUACCCCUAUUGUUCCUGAAAAUGCUGACCAGGACCUUACUUGUAACAAAGAUCCCUCUGCCCCACAAUCCAGUCAAGGCAGGAGCAGGAGAUAAGUGCUGGGAUGAAGGGCAAGAUGGACAGGGCUCGCACUGCCCCCAGCCCUGCAGACACCGAGUGCCUUUAAGAUACAGCCUUUCCCAUCCUAAUCUACAAAGGAAACAGGAAAAAGGAACUUAAAACUCCCUGUGCUCAGACAGAAAUGAGACUGUUACCGCCUGCCUCUGUGCUGUUCCUUCUUGCCUCCAACUUGUAAACAAGAGCGUGUAAGCAUGCGAGUGGGAAGUCGCAAAGUUGUGGGUUUUUGAAAAGCUCCUUAGGACCUCAUGCCCAUCUGUGGACGCUGGAUGGGGAGAUCUGGGCAAGUAUGGACUCUUUAGCCGGCUUAGUUCUCUGUGGAGCCAGCUUGCUUCUUUCUGGAAUAGUAGAAGGAGCCAUGGACCUGAUCUUGAUCAAUUCCCUACCUCUUGUGUCUGAUGCUGAAACAUCCCUCACCUGCAUUGCCUCUGGAUGGCACCCUCAUGAGCCCAUCACCAUAGGAAGAGACUUUGAAGCCUUAAUGAACCAGCACCAAGACCCACUGGAAGUUACUCAAGAUGCGACCAGAGAAUGGGCAAAAAAAGUUGUCUGGAAGAGAGACAAGGCCAGCAAGAUUAACGGUGCUUAUUUCUGUGAAGGUCGAGUUCGAGGACAGGCAAUAAGGAUACGAACCAUGAAGAUGCGCCAACAAGCUUCCUUUCUACCUGCUACUUUAACUAUGACUGUGGACAAGGGAGAUAAUGUGAACAUAUCUUUCAAAAAGGUAUUAAUUAAAGAAGAAGAUGCCGUGAUUUAUAAAAAUGGUUCCUUCAUUCAUUCAGUGCCUCGGCAUGAAGUACCUGAUAUUUUAGAAGUGCACCUGCCUCGUGCUCAGCCCCAGGAUGCUGGCGUGUACUCAGCCAGGUACAUAGGAGGAAACCUGUUCACCUCGGCCUUCACCAGGCUCAUCGUCCGGAGAUGUGAAGCUCAGAAGUGGGGGCCCGACUGCAGCCGUCCUUGUACAACUUGCAAGAACAAUGGCGUCUGCCAUGAAGACUCCGGGGAAUGCAUUUGCCCUCCGGGGUUUAUGGGGAGGACAUGUGAAAAAGCUUGUAAGCCGCACACAUUUGGCAGGACUUGUAAAGAAACCUGCGGUGAACCAGAGGGAUGCAAGUCCUAUGUGUUCUGUCUCCCAGACCCCUAUGGGUGUUCCUGUGCCACAGGCUGGAGGGGGCUGCAGUGCAAUGAAGCGUGCCCAGCUGGUUACUAUGGACCAGACUGUAAACUCAGAUGCCAUUGUACCAAUGCAGAGAUAUGUGAUCGGUUUCAAGGAUGCCUCUGCUCUCAAGGAUGGCAAGGGCUGCAGUGUGAGAAAGAAGGCAGUCCAAUGAUGACUCCACAGAUAGAAGAUUUGCCAGAUCACAUAGAAGUAAACAGUGGAAAAUUUAACCCCAUCUGCAAAGCCUCUGGCAGGCCACUACCUACUUGUGAAGAAAUGACCCUGGUGAAGCCGGAUGGGACAGUGCUCCAACCAAAUGACUUCAACCACACAGAUCGCUGCUCAGCGGCCAUCUUCACCAUCCACCAAAUCUUCCCUUCUGAUUCAGGAGUUUGGGUCUGCAGUGUGAACACAGUGGCUGGGAUGGUGGAAAAGCCUUUCAACAUUUCUGUCAAAGUUCUCCCAAAGCCGCUGAAUGCCCCCAAUGUGAUGGACACUGGGCACAACUUUGCCAUCAUCAACAUCAGCUCUGAGCCUUACUUUGGGGAUGGACCAAUCAAAUCCAAGAAGCUUCUCUACAAGGCUGUCAAGCAUUAUGACGCCUGGAGACAUAUUCAAGUGAUGAAUGAGGUCGUCACACUCAACUACCUGGAGCCUCGGACUGACUACGAGCUGUGUGUGCAGCUGGCCCGUCCUGGGGAGGGCGGAGAAGGGAACCCCGGGCCUGUGAGAAGGUUCACAACAGCAUCUAUCGGACUCCCUCCUCCACGGGGCCUCACUCUCCUUGCGAAAAGUCAGACAGCUCUCAAUUUGACCUGGCAGCCAAUAUUUACAAGCUCGGAAGAUGAGUUUUACGUGGAAGUUGAGAGGAGGUCCAUGCAAGCGAAAGGCGACCAGCAGAACAUCAAAGUCCCCGGAAACCUGACCUCGGUGCUGCUGAACAACCUGCUUCCCAGAGAGCGGUACAGUGUCCGAGCACGAGUCAACACCAAGUCCCAGGGAGAGUGGAGUGAAGACCUCAUCGCUUGGACUCUUAGUGACAUUCUUCCCCCGCAACCAGAAAACAUCAAGAUCUCCAACAUCACCGACUCCACGGCUAUGGUUUCUUGGACAAUAGUGGAUGGCUAUUCCAUCUCUUCCAUUAUCAUCCGGUAUAAGGUUCAGGGCAAACAUGAAGACCAGCACAUUGACGUGAAGAUCAAGAACACCACCAUCACUCAGCACCAGCUCAAGGGCCUAGAGCCAGAGACAACAUAUCAGCUGGAUAUUUUUGCCGAGAACAACAUAGGAUCAAGCAACCCAGCCUUUUCUCAUGAGCUGACAACACUUGCGCAAUCCCGAGCCUCUGCAGACUUUGGAGGCGGGAAGAUGCUGCUAAUAGCCAUCCUCGGGUCAGCUGGGAUGACCUGCCUCACAGUGCUGUUGGUGUUUCUGAUUAUGCUGCAGCUGAAGAGAGCAAAUGUCCAAAGGAGAAUGGCUCAGGCCUUCCAGAACAGAGAAGAACCAGCUGUGCAGUUCAACUCAGGAACUCUGGCCCUAAACAGGAAGGCCAAAAACAAUCCCGAUCCUGCCAUUUAUCCUGUGCUUGACUGGAAUGACAUCAAGUUUCAAGAUGUAAUUGGAGAGGGCAACUUUGGCCAGGUUCUGAAAGCGCGCAUCAAGAAGGAUGGGUUACGGAUGGAUGCUGCCAUUAAGAGGAUGAAGGAAUAUGCCUCCAAAGACGAUCACCGGGACUUUGCCGGAGAACUGGAGGUGCUCUGUAAACUUGGACACCAUCCAAACAUCAUCAAUCUCUUGGGAGCAUGUGAACACCGAGGCUAUUUGUACCUAGCCAUUGAGUAUGCCCCACAUGGAAACCUCCUGGAUUUCCUGCGUAAGAGCCGAGUGCUAGAGACAGACCCUGCCUUUGCCAUUGCUAACAGCACAGCUUCCACACUGUCCUCCCAGCAGCUUCUUCACUUUGCUGCGGAUGUGGCCCGGGGGAUGGACUACUUGAGCCAAAAGCAGUUUAUCCACAGGGACCUGGCUGCCAGAAACAUUUUAGUUGGCGAAAACUAUAUAGCCAAAAUAGCGGAUUUUGGAUUGUCACGAGGUCAAGAAGUGUACGUGAAAAAGACAAUGGGAAGGCUCCCGGUGCGCUGGAUGGCAAUUGAGUCACUCAACUAUAGUGUCUACACAACCAACAGUGACGUAUGGUCCUAUGGUGUACUGCUCUGGGAGAUUGUUAGCUUAGGAGGCACCCCCUACUGCGGCAUGACGUGCGCAGAGCUCUAUGAGAAGCUGCCCCAGGGCUACAGGCUGGAAAAGCCCCUGAACUGUGACGAUGAGGUGUAUGAUCUAAUGAGACAAUGCUGGAGGGAGAAGCCUUAUGAGAGACCGUCAUUUGCCCAGAUAUUGGUGUCCUUAAACAGGAUGCUAGAAGAACGAAAGACAUACGUAAACACCACACUUUAUGAGAAGUUUACCUAUGCGGGAAUUGACUGCUCUGCCGAAGAAGCAGCCUAAAGUGGAACCUUCCUCCUCAGUUGGCAUCUUCCCCGUCAAUGGCAGGAGAGCGGCUUCAUGCAUGCACUAAGCAAGCAACCCUCGGCCAAGAGACACGAUAUGAAAGUGUAUAUAUUGUGCUAUGUGUUUGGGACCCUCAACAUAAAGCUUGUGUGGAUCUGUAGUGCA